AUGACACAGUGUAUUGUCACUGAACAUGAGUGGAAAGACCUACAGGUAAGUGGUCCAAGAACUGUAUAUUUGUUCAUAUGAAUUUUAUGUUGAAUGAGGUAUUUCAAGGUAUAUAACUUUGCAAUAUUGCAUUCAUUUGACUUUUUUCCCAUAUGUCAGGGCUGGAAAGAUUAUGGCAUAUCUCUAUCAACUCCAAGUAACGAAGCAGCUAAAAUGCUUGAUGCUCUAAUGACCCAGGUACUUUACAGCCUGUCAAAUGCCGAUCUCACUUCCGAGGGCGACAUUAUAACAUGUUUAGGUCAGACAUUCCAACCACUGGAGGUAAAAUUUAGGGAGACUGUUCAGUGAAUUGAAAAUUAUCUAUAGUUCUUCUGGGGAAAAAAUAAUAAAAAUUAAGUCUUCUGAAAUGGCGUUUCCUGCAUUUUGGGACUAUGUUGUUAUAAGUGAUCCUAUAAAUUGCCAUAAAGCAACUUCAAAAAAGGUCAAGACAGACUAUUAUGUUGUUAAAAACAGUAUAUUUAUAAUUUUUUAUGAUAUUUCCUGAAUAUUCUGAAAAAUCGGGAGACCGGGAGAUUGCAUGAAUUUUCAGGAGACUCCCGGUAAAAUCGGGAGAUUUGGAAUGUCUUUUAGGUAUACAUAUAUAUGCCUUGGUAUACAUAUACAUGCCUUAUCGGGGUUUGUGAAGCCAUCUUGUGAAGUGGGACAAACACAAUCAUGAUAAAAUCAUUGCCUUGUCCCAAUGGGAAUACUUGUCCUUAGGGUCAUGGUAUUGUCGCUCUAUAGUUUUUGCCCCACUUGGCAAGAUGGCAUCACAUUUAAACAUCAUGUAUACAUCCAGGUGUCUUGUUCAUUAAUAUAUUGCUGGGCAUAUGUGCUAUUCUUGGGAUCAUCCAUCCUGGACUUUUCUUCCUUAUAGUUAUUUAGGUGGUAUGAAGAUGAAACUCUGGGUGGAAUUGUUGGUACAUUGAAACGUAUCAAAGAAGCGGAUCCUGAUUAUGGUAGGCAUAUAUUGUUGACCACACAUUGACAGUCAGCAUUGUUUGUAAUUAGCCAGCUUAUAGCUAGCUACCUUUAAUUCAUAAGGAAAUGGCGAACUGUUAAACAUUUCUAUCAUGGGACUAUUCCUAUAGGAUUUCUUAUAGGAAAUUCUACUCCUAUAGAAAUUUCUAUAGGAUUUCAUGAGCUUCCUAUAAAUAUUCCAGCCUAUAAAUGUCUAGUACAUAUAGGAACUGGAGAAGAUUUUAUCUUUAAUAGUUACAAAUAUAAUGUGUAUGUGCCUAUAUAAUAAACUUCUAAUGAGGUUCCUUCCCAAAUGUUCCCUGGUAGUACUUGAGAGAAAAUGAAGUUUCAUUAUUGUUUCUUGCAGUACUUGGGCCAUUGCUUCAAAGUCGUUUCAAGCUAUCAAGCCACAGACUUGAGACAUCUCCAGAACUUCAGGCAUCACUCAAAGAAAUGGAAGAUUUAGCAAACGCCCAUCCAGUUACUGAUUGGGAAAUGAAACUUGUUGGUGUUGUUAAAGAUUUUGCAACUGGGUAUGUUCAUUUCAAUGGGUCAUUCCAGAAAGUUAACCCCCUACCCCCUUUGGGUAAUACACUUACUAUUCUCAGAAACAAAUUUUUCUCCCCUCCCUCCCCCUUCAGCCGGAGGCCUGAAAUUUCCCCCUUGUAGGUAGGGUGGAUGUUUUCUGGAACAAUUACCCCAUAUCUAAAUUAUAAACUAGUAAUUAUUUAUAUUAUAAAUGGAUAACUUAAAGAUGUUGUAAACUAAGUCUGUUCUGCGCAUACAUUUUGUGCAGGCCUACAUUCCAAUGGUUGGGAUCCGACGAUUGGAUUGUUAUACUUUUUCGCACCUUCCGAACUUUCUUGAAUUGAAUCUCUAGUCUGUAUUCAUUUACAAGUAUAGCGAACCAGAAGAGUGUUAAAAAUUCAGUAUAAUAUAUCUAAUCAUAUUUUACAACUGUAGCACUGAGUUCAAAAUGUAAACAAAGUGUUUGUUUACAUUACAGACUUUACAGCAUAUUUAAAUGUAUUGCCUAAUAUUUCAAUUUUUCUCAUUCAUUCUAGCCAUCGUCAUAAAUCUCUAAGAACUUUGGAAGAAAUGGUGGUUGAUAACCCCAGAGACUUCUUUGCCUUGAGACUGGCUUACAUGUUUGCACUUACACUUGGUGACUGGGCAGGAAUUAAAAGCAUUAUGCCCAAAGUGCUGGCAACCUGGACACCAGAUAUGGCCUUUUAUGGGUAACAAUGUUAAUAAAUUAGUUAUAUGUAUGGCUAUAAUUUGCAUGAUCAAAAGUAUUUGAACUUUGUUAAACCUGAGUCUUUAUAAACCUGAGUCUUUAAUCUUUUAAUUUAGUUUAUAAUAGCAGUAUUCAUAAUUAUAAUACUCGACAGAGCUGCUUUCUUCAUUUACCCAAGUCAAGGACAAAUUGGGGUAAACAUAAAGUCACUUAUCAUGCUGUGUAUGACUAUAACAACCUUGAGUCGGAUUGUCAAAAUGCCCAGACAAUAUCUCAAUUUAAAUCCAAAGUUUUUGACUGUCGGCCAUGAUGUACUAUUGUUCUUCUCGACUUUUAAACUUUUAAACUUUUACCAGUUCAGCAAGUAUACUAUUGUAAUGAUAGAUAAUUUAUGAUAUUUUUAACUUUUGACCACAUGUAAAUAGAUUAGAUAUAAUAUUCUUCACUUUGUAUAAUACUAGUUCUAUAGUACAGGUCCAUUCUGAAAAUCACUUAUGUGAGAAUGCCUCCUGAAUAAAAGAUUGUUAUCAAACUCACCUUUUACUUAGUUUAAUAUAAUUUAUAGUUUUUAUUAUUACCACUCUUCUACUAUAUAUGCUUUAACGAAACAGCGUUGUUAAUUUUAAUUUCCAUCUUGUUUUAGUUAUAUUCAUGGUAUGUAUGGCUUUGUUCUGAAUGAGUUUAAGCAACCAAAAGAAGCUGAAAAAUAUACUUCAAAGGUACCAUGCAGUGUACUGCAACAAUUUAAUUGUGUUUCCUGUAUGUUUGCAUGGAGAACAUGAGUUUAGCAAGGUAUUGUGAAGUUCAUCAUAUUACCAUGUUACCAUGAUAUUAUCAAUCUUUUGCAGGCUCUGAAUAUCAAUCCUUGUGACUGUUGGUCCACACAUGCCACAGCCCAUAUCCUUGUUGAAACAAACCGUGCUGAAGAGGGAAUCAAAUUUAUGGAAAAGAAUGAACCCAAAUGGACGGUAAGAAUACAAAAAGCUAGUGAAUGCAUGGAUCUUUAUUACAAAAACUUGAUAGUGACCCACUGACUGCAUGCAAUCCAUGCAUGCCCAUCUGAUCUGGCAUUUAAAAAUAUUCAUAGACGGGGACAUUCCUUCUGGAACAUAACUACUGGCAUUGGGCACUUUUUCAUCUUGAUAAGGUACACAUUAUAGUUUUAUUAUAAUUAUAUGAUGUCUAUAAACAUGUGGGCCUAGUCGUUCCAAUUGACGAUUCCCCUUAUUACGUUUUCGUAGUGCUUUGCAUUGUGGUUAUAGUGGUAUCACUGGUAUUCAAGAUGAUGUAUUUUUUGUCUUGACCCGUGCAAAAACUUUUAAAAAAGCUAGGGUCAGGUGCGCGAUAGCCAACAGCAAAAUAUUCACUAAAACAUUCAAUAUCUUCAUUCGAGGCCACUAUCAAUAUCAGUGAUACCACUAUAACCACAAUGCAAAGCGCUACGAAAACAUAAUAAGGGGAAUCAUCAAUUGUAUGAUCAGAAGGCUACCUCCUGCACAAGCUUUUGUGAGAGAAGCACACGUCAGUUUGUUAAUUGUUGCUUCUAUUAUAUGUUCUGACUGUUCUGGGACAGCCAUUCAUGUGGCUGUAUUCAGUUUGAGCGUUAGUUUUUUCUAACGUACAGUUCGUUUUUAGGGAGACUAUGAAUCUGUCAUUGGAAUUUUGGACGAUUAUGUAAGUUUGUUACAUGAGGGCCUCCCCCCCCCUGUCUCUUGACCGGCCUAACCAUUGUGCCAGCAAUAAUUGAUGGAACAUCUCAUAUUUCACUCUAGAUUAUAUCGGAAUGUUGUCCAGGAACAAGUUUUGCUCUAUGUGAUGCUUCUUCUCUACUCUACAGAUUAGAAAUGGAAGGUAUACUUUGAUUACAGUCUGUCAUGAGAAUGCAUGCAGGCUUGCACGUGUUGUAGCUAUUCUUAAGCAUGGAUGAAACGAGACUGAGAGUGCAUGAGAGCUAGGUGGCAGUCAUGAGAUCUUGGUUAACUGUUCUUAAUGCUUUCCCUGGCCAACACUAUCAUGUAUUGUAUAGAAUAAUAAUAAUGAUUGAUUAGCGAUUCCAAAUUGAAUUGGCUCUUCUAUCACUAAAUUAACUAAUCUACAUUAACAAGUACUAUAUUUACAAUGAGUAGCUAUGAAGAGUUAAUCUAUGAAGAGUUAAUAAAUCUACAGUGCAUUCACACAGUCACUGUACAUAUUUCACAAACAGAUAUAACAAAACAUAGUCAUUUAUACCCUGACCCGAGCCUCUCAUGGGCCAAGUCUGUGAGAUAGACUUUCACUUAUUCUAAAAAUGUUGAAAUCAAUUUCGCAAACAAUCUGGUAGAAAGUUAAAUGCAGCUGCAGCACUGUCCUGAAAUGUUCCGCUUUUGAUUGGCACUUCAAUUUGGGUCUGUGAUGAUGAUCGUAGAGUUUGUCCUGGUACAUACUGAUCUACCUAAUAUAUAUGAGUUCAUAGUUGGAACACUCAUCAAAACUUUAUUUUGUACUGCCAACUCUCAUCAACUCUCAGCCUCGUUUGACUGUUGUUUAUAAUCGCAAUGUAUCAGGUUUCAAAUAUGCAUACAUGACUAUGUAGGUGUCCCAACUGGAAAAAGGUGGGAAGCAAUAAACUCUCUUUGGAGUCCAAGUGAACAUGCAUCGGUAAGGAGAAAUGCAAUUUAUUAUUAUGGAUAUGUGUAGAUGGAAUUAGGUUUAAUAUACCCAAUUUUUCGAGUGGUUAAAUUCUGGUCAGAUAGACUAGAUUAUGGUUAAAUUCUGGUCAGAUAGACUAGAUUAUGGUUAAAUUCUGGUCAGAUAAGCUGGUCAGAUACACCCUAACCAGGUUUCAAAUAUUUUCUUAUGACCAAAAUAUUUUAGGUGUUCAUUGAAGUUCACAUGAUGAUGAAUCAUUUGUGUGCAAAAGAUUACGAAUCAGCCAACUCGCUUCUUGAAUCAUGUGAAAAGUUUGUAAGGUAACCUAAGGUUUGUUAGAUAUUCCAAGGAGAUUAGGGAUUUAGUGCCUAAUUUAACCUCUGUGUCAAUGUUUUGUUCGUUUUUUUCAGCGAGGGUAAAGGAACAAGCUGGGAGGUCACGAAGGAAGUCGGAGUUUCCUUGUGCGAAGCUAUGAUAGCGUUUGAUAAGGUAUUAAGUCAUAUAUCGACUUUCAUGGUCAUUGAUACAUAGAUAUAUACUAGAUAGAUAUUUAAUAAAAUUUCUCCCUGAAAGGAAUUUUCAGAAAUUUUUUUUCAUUGAUACAUGAAUUCAAAUAUCACCAGAGUUAAGAUGACGUCAUUUCUUUCCACAGGCGAAAUAUGAUGACGUGGUAGAACUGUUGUUACCAGUACGUGAUGACGUCAUCAGAAUCGGGGGAAGCAAUGCACAGGUAUUGACAACAUGAUCUAUAAUCUUCUACCACGUGUUUACGACUCAAUUCCCCCAGUUAUGACAAGGUUGCUGUGACUUAUUUUCUGUUUAGAGAGAUGUAUUUAAUCUACUACUCACUCAUGCAGCGAUUCAAUGCUCUGGCAGUAAAUACAAGAAUCUUGGAAGGUAGGUCAAAGUAGAAUCUGCCAAUUUUUUAUUGGGUCCUAAUCAGUGAACCCCACAUUUUGACGAUUGCAGCUCUUUUUAUAGUGAAAUGAUUUUAGGCAUUUCACAUUUUCACUUGGUCGAACUGAUUGUGGAAGGAUUCUGUGGAUAGAAAUUUUGAAUGUAAAUUUUGUACAUUUAUGAGAAAUAACCAGGAACAGUUGUGAAAAAUACAACUGGACGUUGUAGCUCAGUUGGUUAGUCAGCGCUGCACCGGAAUCGUAGGGCCACGGGUUCAAUUCCUGCCAAGAGGACCUAUUUAACAAUUAGUCGCCGAAGGCGAGGUGAUGACAAGUCUAUAUUCACUGAGCCGAGGGCGACGUGAAUAUGCCUAUAUUCAAUUCCCGAACCUGAGGUGACUAAUUGUUUUAGUAUAAUUUCAGUAUUGAAAAAGUAUUUUAUUUAUAAAUGCAACUAAUACACGUGUUUCUUGGGAAAAGCAAUAGUUACUACUCGAGCAGUCUGAGCAGGAACUAUUGCCUCAGAGUUACUGCUGAGGGAGCCAAUCAGAAUCCUCAAAGGCCAUUUUUCAAUGCUGAAAAUGAAAUUAUACUAAACAUGUAUGAUUGCAUCACAACUGCUCCUUAAUACAUCGACCACCUUCAUAUGGUCCGCUGGAUUUUUAGCUAAAUAAGACUUCCCCAAUGUCUCUUCAGGAAACUAAUUCAAGAACGAAAACAAUCAGAUGGCGAAACCGGAGUGACAGAAAGAUUACAGGAACGUUUGGUAAAAAGGACUUGAUAGUUGAUACAAAAUAAGGUUUUAUUUUAAAAUAGCAUCUGUAGAUUGUCUUAUUCAAAAGGCAUAAACGAAUAGAAUUAUAGACAUAUCAUUAAUGAAUAAGAUUUGUAGAUUGACAUACAUUUAUGUUUAUAAGUAAUAAGAGCUAUAACAGUACGUUCCACAAAACAAGGUUUUAUUUUAGAAUGACAUCUGCAGACAGUCUUACUCAAAAGGCAUAAACGAAUAAAAUUAUAGACAUAUCAUAAAUGAAUAAGGUUUGUAAGGGUUGUUUUGAAUCUUUCUGACAUGUACGUUCGUAAACUGGACCGUCAUAUUUAAGUUUUAACGUCGAGCUUUUUGUGGUAUGAGAUUUGACUCGUAGUGGGGAAAAUCAUUUAGACAUAACCCAUUAGUGACAAAUGGAGAAAACACAUAAAGACAUUCCACUUUCACAUUUUUGACCUGAACUAUUGAAUUUUGGCGCCAUCAAGUUAAAUUCUUUCUACUCGUAAUGCAUCCCAAACUUUGUCUGUUUGUGUUGUUGUGAUUGUGGUAGACCCAGGGCCAAGACUUUGAUUAACCUCGACAUUUUCAGUUGAACCACAACAGUGACGUUGAUUAAAAAGCUUUGUGUAGUAGUAUCAUUAGAUGUUUUCACUUAAUGAUCUCCACCGUGCUAAUCAACCUUGUAUGUUCUAUUGUAAGACACUGCAGUGUAUUGUUUCGACUUUGUUCGAAAAAAUUGUGGUUUGAUUGAGUAGCUGUGCCUAAGAUGUAACUAUACUAUCAUUUUGUAAAGGAUUUGAUAUAAACAUAUUUGAUAACAAAAAGGAAAAAAUAUUUACAAGUUUGAGUCAAAAGCAUUUUGCUUAUCUAUAGGACUCUCACUUGUGGUGAAGGUUGUUGAGCUUCCAGAGCUUAUUCGAUACUCUAUAAAGAAAUGUACUUGUCUUCAUGCCACAGACAUACGUUUUUUAAUUAACUGUGGUAUUCUUGAGUUACUUUACAUAUAGGAUAUUGUUAAUCAGAAAGCUUCGUAGACACCCGUGGAGGAAAUAUCAAAACAAUCUUUCAAGGUAUGUAUUUGUGGCUAUGCCUUGUUUAAAUAACUAGAAAUUACUUGGUAUAACUGGGCUUCCAAGAGUUUGCUAAGCUUGUGUACUAAAAAAUAGCACUGUUAUACGCAUUUACAUUUUAUCAAUAGGGUGUAUGUUCGAAACUGGUUCUAAGUUUGCCACUAAUUCUUUGAAAACUCCACCAUCAUUCAUUUGGCUAAACGUAACCAAACCAGAUCUUCAUCAUUAUAUGGAGUGAGGACGAUAGCGCCGUCCCUGAUUGGUCCAAUGAUAAUACUACAGGGGGAAACGAUCUGGAGAUAGCAAAACUCGUACCCAGUAACCCAGAGUCUUUUCUCCGUCACACUCUGGAGGCAUCGCGGUUUGCUAGACUUCGGUCAGGCACUCUUCUCAUAUACGACUGAUGCGAUCUUAUAACAUUUGAGUUGCUCUCAACAUUGCUUUCAAUACAUUAAAAGUAUCCCACUGGUCUCGUUGACCUCCUGUAAAUCGCAUGCACAGAACGUUCAAUUUCCUCAAAUCUAUUAUGUUGUAUUUUCCUAACAUUGAUUAAUGAUACUGGCCUGGUCAUGUUUGUUGUGCUUUGUACUGUAUAUAUUUAAACGACUCAUUAACACUAUUCUAUAUGCCAAUAAUGUUUUACUUUGCCACAAUGAAAUACAGAGUAGGCUGUAGGCGAACGGUAUCUAAAUGAAGCUUGCUGAAAAAAGUCUGAAUCUUGCUGUAACAAGUCUUAGAAAUAUUGAUGUUUACAUAAACAGUUUUAUGCAGUGUUCCUAGUAUUGUAUUUCACCCCAUACUAGGCCAGAGCUCACUGGCAACAUUUGAAAAAAGCUUUUAAUUAAAAUUACUAAGUGCUACAGGGGCUCGUUUGAAGGAUAAUUACUUUGUUCUGUUGUGACAAUUAGUGAAACCCUCAGCUAGCCAAAGGUCAGAGUCACUUCGUUCGUCUGUUUUCGCAGAGCUUAGUGAGAAAAGUAACGUCUAAUCUGCUAACUUGUUUUAUAGAGUCGAGUUGGAUCUUUGGGAAAAUAGUUGGGGAAUUCUGAAGAACGGACACAUCUCAGCAGGUUUGUGAAUAGACAGACUCCACAUAUGCUGUGCUAUAAUUUUUAGCGGGUUUAAUUACUUAGCUGUUAAAACGAACUAUUUGUUUUGCUGUAAAAACAUUUGCAGUAUGUUAAUAGUCUUUCCUAUCGUCGUAUGUACUCUGUAUAUAAUUUUGUUUGAGCAUUUGAAGUUUCGUUGCAAAGUUGUAUGAUUUCGGGAAGUUUUAGCCAACAGCUGUUUUCGGUUGUCCGGGGUGCGAAAAAUCCUUUAAUGCGCCAUUAACUGCUUUAUCUCAGUCCAUUUAAACAUGUCUAAUAUCUGCGGUGAAUUAUGAAGCUAAAUGUGUUUCACUACCAAUUUCGCGGGUGUGUUUUUGUGCAUUAAUAUACUGCGAUUAUUACUCCUUACUAUGCAAGAAAAUUGCAUGCGAUCGAAAAAGCAGCUUGUUUCACCAUUAAUUAUAUUAUAGUUCAAUAAGCCAUUUGCAGAAUUACUGGGUCAUAGCUCUCUCCUUCGCAGAGACUGUAACUAAAUGUAAUUAAAGAUGAAAGUAACAUGCACCCGCACCGAAUAGUUUAGCUGGUUUGCAAGGGCUGGUUCGUAUGCACAAAAUGUGUAUAAAAUCUAUGUACAUUUUUACCAAUUUAUGAUAUUCAGUACAUGCAAAGCAGGACUUCUGCCAUUACGUUUAGUUAAAAACGAAAAACUCACUUAGCCGUUUCAUGACGCAUUUCAGCUCAUUAUCUAUUGUCUUUAAUGUAUUCGGCACACAUGAAACGGGUCUUAUAAUGUGAUGUUGUCACACCGGCUUAUUUUAAACCCUGUCUUUUUGUCCAGUGUUUAUAUCACAGGAGGAAAAGCCGGUUCCAGACGAGCAAGUUUUCUAUGACAAGUUUUUAUGUGACAAGUUUUAUUUGCUCGUCUGUACGCGCAACUUUGACAAGUUUUUUAUGACAAGUGUUCAAAAGCUAGCAUGCUACCUUUUGAACAAGUGCACUUGUCAUAGAAAACUUGUCAAAUGGCAUCUGAGCAUUUCAUGUGAUUGGUCAGCGGACUGUCAUGGCGGCGAUAAUCACCUUUUUCUGACACGUUCACACCAGUAAAUAAAACUUGUCGUAUGAAAACUUGUCAUAUAAAAUUUGUUGCAUAUAUUAUACACACGUGAACUUGGCUAAUAAAAACUAUCACAUAAAAAGUUGUCAUAGAAAACUUGCUCAUCCGUAACUGGCUUUAAGCCCGUUCUCCACUAGGCGAAUUUUUUCGCGCGACGCGAAGCGAAAAACAAAUCUUGGCAAUGUGAUUGGUCAGCGAAAAAAUUCGCCGCGAAAAAGUUGGAUCAGUUCCUACUUUUUUACUGUUCGCGCGAACAAAUUCGCCUAGUGGAGAACGGGCUUUACAAGUUGUUAUUAUCGUCACUCCAGUUACAUAUUGGAGCUCUCCGACACUGUUAAGUGAUUAAUAAUUGACAGUUCCUUGUGGAGGUACUGAUUGAAGAUAUAUGCAGAUGAGGAGAUUACUUUCAAUGCCGCCGAUAUUCGCCCUCUUGACAGAACUAAUAAAAUUUUAUCUCAUCAAAUCACAAAAAUUUGCUCAAAAUCCCAUCUUAUACGACAGUUUGUCAUAUAUCAUGGGGAAUUUUCGUUUAAACUACAUAAACUAUUUUUUAGCUGACCUGAAAUUGUAUAAAAUUAGUCUUACAGUUGCAAUACAGCGAAAUACAGCGGUGAAUUCUCAUUAACUUUGAGAGAUAAUGUUCACGAGUGAGAUGUUUUGAUAAGACGCCUGAAUAUGCACUUACAUACUGUACAAGUUUUCACUCACGAAAAAUGCGAUAGUUGUCAAGUUGGGAUAAUUUUGGUAGAUUAUUUUUCUCUUUCAAAUUUCAUGAUAUAUAUAGCGUGAUUCGAUAAGGAUAAGUUUAUCGUGAAUAAACUCAGACUAUUAACUAAACUUCACAGUUUUGUACAUUCAGCUUUUUGUAUGAGAAUAAAUGUUUUUGUACGUUUGUAAAACUAACUUCGUAUCUUACUGCAAGAUUUUCGAAGAAAAUAGGCUUGAAUCGUUGCGAUACGUUUCUGACACAUUUGUAUCAACCGAGUAAUGCUCAUUGUCAUAAUACCGCUACAUUCAUUAAUCCUAAUGAAACUUCAUUGCUUGGCGAAUUAAGAAUACAUAGAAUCUGCCAAUGAGAGCAGAGUUACUAUAAACACUAUUUGGCUUGGUGUAAUAUAUUAUUUUGACUAUGAAUGCGACCAUCUGCCUUUUAUGUUAUGUUCUGUUCUAUCAAUACUGCAAUAACAACGUCUAAGAAAUUCAAUACAAACAAGAUAUUGAUAACCCAAAUGUCUGUUGCAGCUUGAAAAUAACGGUAAUUUUUUGAACAUGCAAGCUUAAUUUUCAUGUCGGCUUUCUUAAUUGUGGUUCGUUGUUGUGGUUGUUAUCGAUAAACUAUGAUACUCGUUACUAUAAUCUUUAUAUUUUGGUUUUUUAUCCUUUUUCUAUUUAAUUUCAGGUCUUUGUGCGAGGCGAAGAAACGGUUCGAAGUAAGUAUUAAGACAGGGUAUAAGAUAUUUUGUGUAGUUUAAUCAACUGGUAAUCUUCCCUUAAGCUUAGUUGAAAAUAUCACCUAAUCUGUCUAAGUACAAGUGACGGCAUAACCAUAGCAAUAUAUUUGAAUGCAAGCAGGGUUUUUGGUUUUUGCUGAGGUCUUGAGGACAUUAAGCCAUGGUUUCCAUAUGGUCGUAACGGUCGUAAAGAUUGAGUCACGAUCUUUCUCAUCAGCUGAAAUACAACAUUUUAGAACUGAAAAUAUACGCGGAGUGAUUAAACUCGAGAAUACGUAUGAUUCGUAUAUGUGGUUUACAGGUAUAAACUAUUAUAAACUGGCCAUUGAGAAAGAUCGCAACCAAUGAGAUUGCGCGGAAAACACUAUCCAUUCCCUGGGUUACACACAUUGUAACAACGCACAAGUUGCAACAAACUUGCAGCAGGUUUGUAGCAAUGCUGUUCCAACAAUUUGUCGCACUGCUUGUUGACAAGUUGUCAACGGCUUGUCGACAACUUGCUACAAGGUUGUUGAGCUCAACUGACUAGCAAGUUGUUCUAGCAACUUGUUCUCGUCCUGCAAUUCAACAAGUUGUGAGUGAACAUCCUUGUAGCAACUUGAUAAAAAAAACAGCGUUGUUACAUCUUGUUGACAAGUUGUUAGAUUUGUACAUGUGCAUAUACUAAUAUUAAUAUUGUCUCCUGAUAGGUGCACAUAG